AUGCUUCCACGUGAAAACUCUGUGAGAUCUGUUUCGAAAGAAGUUGAAAAGUGAGUUGAAAGUACACUUUCUUAAUUUUUUUUGAGUUCAGCGCCCCGCAGGCAAACGAAACGCGCUCGAUGAGACCCCGUCGCAUCCCAGAGACUGUUUUGAAGGUAUCCAGAAAACCAAACUGACUAAUUCGAAACGAACCUGUAAUUUUAGGAGCAGCUAAUGUUUGAGGCUAUGAUCGGAAUUACCAGGAGCCUUGUUGAUAGAGAGUUUGAGGUAUUCCAGACGGCCGACAAAGGAAAAGGUCUCAGGACCAAUCAAGAGUUCUAUGAGGGACAGUUUCUCUUAGAGUUCAAAGGUAUUCCAGCCAAUCAUUGUAGUUGUUAGCAAUAAUUUGUCCCAGGAGAGUGGAUCAGCAAGAGCGAGGGUCUGGCGAGAGAGCGGCAAUUGGAAGAAGAAGGAAACGACGUCUGCUACAUCUUCUUCGUCGGCAACAAGUGCGUCGACGCAACCAACAGCCAAGAAUCUAAAAGCCGGUACAUCAACCACUCUAUCACCAAUGCCAAUGCUAAAGCAAAAGUGAGCUUGCUUCCUGAUAAGCUUUUAUUCUCUAUGAAAGUGGUAGUAAACUAAUUUCUACAUGAAUCGAUGCAGAAUCCGAACGGAAAAACAAACUCCUCUUAGAGCUUGGGUUACAAAUGGUUUUUCUGCGCGUAACUUUUGCGCAAAUCAAUUCACGACCCCUCUCAUCAUGGAAAUUUAGAAGAAUAAUAAAAUGACGUGUUUCAGGUGAUGAUUGUUAACAAUGAAUGGCAUUUGGCUUUCUUUGCCACCCGAAAGAUUUCGGCCGGAGAGGAGAUCUUGGUGGACUACAGCGACCGGCGAGAGGAUGUGCUGGCGGGAAAUGAGUGGCUCAGACAUUAG